UUAUUCUUUUGUUUGUCUAUGACAAUCAAAAUUUCAGGUAUGUUUAUUAAAGGAAAUUAAAAAAAUAUUCUAUUAAAAUUUGGUCCCAUCCCCAUACUUUAUAACCAUGAGUAAACAGGAUGAUGGUCUGUUCCUCUUAGAGGUGCUUGUUGAUAAAAUAGUUUUCGUUAAGAGUCCUUGUUUUUCUGACAAGGAUUUCAGAACUUGUGUUAACAUUGAAUGUCCAGGAGUUGAGCCGCUGGAAAUAUGUGAUGAUGAACCUAACGCUUGUGUAGCCAAAAGCAGUGGUCCAUUUAUAAAAUUGUUUAACAAUGGAAAGUCUUGUUUAUUUUCUCUCAAACAGAGUGAUAUCUCAGCAGCUUUAAAUAAGUUUCCAGUACAAGUCACUGUGUAUAAAUCAUUACCAUGUGGUUGUUUACCCACGAAAAUCAUUAUGGGAGAGUGCACUAUAGACAUGACAAAGGAAUUUGUCGAAGCACGCAACACGUUUCUGGAAGAUCCUACAAAUGUCAGCUAUCAAGCCCUCAAAGAUUCAUUUCGAAUUGUUGGACCAGACGAUGCAGAAACUGGCGAAAUAGUUAUGUUUUUACGUAUAUCCUGUUUCGGCAAUAUGAUAAUAACAAGGUUUCAAGGACCUGGUGGGCCACCUAACAUAGGAGGAAAAAAGAGUUCUACGAUUGUCGAUAGAUCCUGCACCCCUAGAAAAGAUUACCAAAGCAUGCAAGAUCCUUGUGCUUGCGGAGCAGCACGGGGAAUAAGCAGUGGCGCAGGUGCUGCUGGUGGAAGAGGACAACCUUGUAACGUCAGUGGCGGAACUGGUGUUUGUCCACCGGCCAGGGAUCCUUACAACAGUAUGCCCUGCCAGGAUCUUGACGACCCAUGUUAUUGUUCCGGUCCGAAACAAGAGCCAAAACAACAAAUGGUGUGUCGAAACACCGAUCAGUACUGUUUACACGUCCCAAAAGGUAACCCGCCAAGAUUGCCGAAUAGCCAAGAAUUUACGAAUGACAUGACAUGGUGUAAAAUAAAAAGAAAAAUUCCAAACACAUCCCCGUCUUUAUAUCUUUACAGUGAUGUUGAUGGCUGGAAAAUAAUAAAAGGACCAAAAACACCCUUACGAGUUGACUAUAAUACACUUUCAAGUUCUACUUUUAGAACAGAAGAGUUUGUGAAACGUAUGACUCACUGUAAUAAUGUCAACGUUUUGGGAACUUACAAUUCUGCAAUGAAUUUACAAAUGCCUAUAACUUCGUUGUUUAGUCAUAGUUCAUAUGGAUCAAGAGAUACUUUCGUUUAUAUGACUUUGUCGAAUAACCUGUAUCAUAAAAAAUCCUCAGCAACGCAAGCCACUGCUUCUAUAAACAAAUGUUUUCAAGUGUAUGAUUGGAAAAAUAAUAUGACCAGCAGUACCGUUUCUACAUCGGAUUAUCACUCUACGUGCACUAUGUCAACAUUAUCCAAUCGAACUAAUCAAGACUCGGAACAUAUUCGAUAUCCUAGAGUAUAUUUCUUUGGCCGAAAGAAAGACGAAAAGAAACAAAAAGGGAUGGGACCAAGAGAUUCACACACCAAAAUUCACAGGACAAACCAAACUACAAACACUGCUACCAAAACUUGCGACUCUAAAACAAGCUUACAAUGUUGUUCUAACUCUAAUAUGAAAACUUCGUGCAUGACUACAAAACGAUCACUGCCAUCGAAGGCUUCUAAAACUGCAGCCACCUCAGUAGGAUCUACUAAAACCGUCACUAUAAAAGAAGAAAAACCACAAAAACCCUGUCCAGCCCUGGCAACUACUAAAGGAGAUAUGAUGGUGACUGUUUCACAUAUCAAAAUAGGACCGAAAGAAUCUUGUCCAGUGCAUGGAAGUGAACCCUGUCAAGGACCUAAGUGUGUUUUGGCAUCCUCAGGACAGGAACAAGCUCCCGUCAAAAUAACUUCGGUAAACAAUCCAAGAAGAGGUGUAUUCGAAGUUGUGGUGCGUAGGCUUACUGGCGCCCCACUAGCGAAAAAUGAACUAAUGCUAGAAUGGACUCCACCUCCCUCUCGGCCUGCGCCAUGUGGGAUACCCUGUCCUUCGAAUUGCUUCGCGCCAGGCACGUAUCGACCAUCGAGAUGCAAAUUAGUUAUUUGCCGCCCUUCCCCUUGUCAACCUAAGUGUUCUAAAAAAAAACGCUGUGUACGACCUCCGUGUCGUAAGCCAUGUAAUAAAUGUUGCAAGCCAAUGUGUGCAAAAACAUGUUUUCCCCCAUGUAGACCCUGCUCUCCCCCAAGAUGCUCUCGUUGUACUCCUUCAAUAUGUGGAUCCUGCUCUCCGCCACCUUGCUCACCACCACCUUGCUUCAACCCUCCAUGUUCUCCAUGCAAAAGUUCUCCAUGCUUGCGCCCUUGCCCUGUAGGAUAUAAACGUCCUCGCAAGUACCGAAGUCAGCCUAAAAUCAAAUCACACAAAAAGAGGAAAUCACCGUGCGCAAAUAGUUCACAGGCAUGUCCUAUAGUUAAAUGCCGCAGUAUAGCUGGACCGUGCAUUGCCUGUUGCACCAUCCCACCUAUUUGUUUUCCUAGAAAAAGUUGCUCUACGCUUCCUUGUAAACCACUAAAAUGUAUGUCGAGCUGUUCUUCCUGCUGCGGUUAGAAUAAUGCCAUAUAUAUACAAAGAUCUCAUUUUCAUACGUUUGGUGACUUCAUUUCCUAAUGAAUAAUAAAUACAUUACGACACA